AUGGCGGACAAAUCGGACAAAAAGCAGAAACAGAAACCCCUGGACAAGAAUAAGCCGGCGAAAAAGAAGAAACCGGGCGUGGUGUAUCUGUCUUCGCUGCCGCCGUAUCUCAAACCGUUCGCUUUGAAAUCCAUGUUGGAGACGAGAGGCUUCGGCCCCAUCACGAAGGUGUUCCUCACGCCUGAAGUCCGACCGCCGUCCGCGCCGCGCCGCCGAAGCAAUAAGCGAAAGACAUACUCCGACGGGUGGGUGGAGUUUGCGUCGAAGAAGACGGCGAAAAUUUGCGCGGAGACGCUCAAUGCGUCGAUUGUUGGCGGCCGCAAGGGCAGCUGGUACCAUGAUGAUGUGUGGAAUAUGAAGUAUCUCCGGGGUUAUAGCUGGCAGGAUCUGCUUGAACAGAUCCAGAGAGAGCGCAACGAGCGAGAGGCCAAGCAGCGCAUGGAGGAUAUGCGCGCGCGCAAGGAGGAGAAGGUGUUCAUCCAGGGUGUUGAGAAGGGAAAGGUGCUCGAGGGCAUUCAGAAGAAGAACGAGGAGAAGAGGCGGCGCAAGAUGGCGGCUGCGGAUGCUGCCGCCGCAGCGGAGGCGUCCAAGGCGGGGGACAAUGCUAUGCCGGCUGGGAAUAUCAAGAUGCUGUAUACUUGCGUUACCAGAUUAGGCAAGGCGUCUGCUGAGUCAGUUUGCACUGUUUGUCGUCUACAUCAUCUCGUCCAGUCUUUCUCUGCGCCGCUUCUGCUUCCUUCAAUGCAGCGCAAUCCGGCUCUUCCCGCAGUCAUCAUGAGUCGGACGUUAUUACGGGCACCCUGGCUUCGCCAGGAAGCUGUGCUAUCUCUCCCAUCGCUCUCUGGCGUCACCACACGGCACAUCUCCCCUGUGCAUUUGACAUGCAAGUCCAGCAGAGCUCUAACGUCAACUGCUCGCCUGCACUCCGAACCGCCCAAUCCCUCUACGGCGAACCCCCCGACAGAACCCAAAGAAACAGCCCCAGAAAGUGAACAAAAACAAUCUCAUGUGCCUUGGUACUUGAGAGAAGAAUCCCCCGUGUCCGACACCCAGCAGGUGUCUUCUCGCGACCAAAUCCCCGACCUCCCCGCCGACUCCCCCGCCAUUCUCGGAGAGAUCCUCGAAUACACCUUCAAAGACCUCGGAUUAGACGACCUGAAGCUGAUUGACCUCCGCGGUCUCGAGACGCCGCCCGCCCUCGGCGCCAAUGUCAUCAUGAUCAUCGGCACGGCCCGCAGCGUCAAACACCUGAAUGUCUCAGCAGACCGCAUGUGUCGCUGGCUGCGGAGCACAUGGAAGCUGUCGCCGUACGCGGAUGGCCUGCUGGGGCGCAACGAGCUGAAGAUCAAGUUGCGUCGGAAAGCCCGUCGCGCGAGACUUGCCAGUCGCUCUGGGACUACCUUCGAUGACAAGGACGACGGAAUCACGACGGGGUGGAUUUGCGUGAAUGCUGGGGUUGUCGAGGAGAGUGCUGUUCAGGAGCAGAAGGAUGAACGGUUUGAGGGUUUUGGCAAGACUGUUCGCGGCACGCGGGUCGUCGUGCAGAUGUUUACGGAAGAGAAGCGGGCUGAGGUCGAUCUUGAGACCCUGUGGCAGCGGACGUUGGAUCGCGCUGAACGGGACAAGCAGAAGUAUGCUGAGUCUCUUGCGAAGGCUUCUGGAGGUGCUAGCGAGUCGUUGCAUGAAGUACCUGGGGAGGCGUCGGGACCGGUCCCUCGCUCGACGGGGAGCUUUCCGUUCCAGCAGACGAGGCGGUUCCACGGCAGUCACUAUCUCCGGGCUGUCCAGUCCGUGCAGUCUGGGAGUGGACCCGAUGCCAAAACUCAAGCAAAAGAAGACAUUCCUUUUGCGGAAGCGCUGGAGCUGAUGUCGGAGCAGCAGGCGAUGGACGAGCUGAGAAGUCUGUGCACGGCAGUAUCGACGCAAACGAGUCACCUACUGAAGAAAAAGCUGUUUUUGGUCUUUUCACACUGUAUCGCUUCUGGCUACGAGAUUUCCGACGAGCUAGGAUUGGACGUCUUUGCGGCCCUUUUGCCUGGACCCGCGCAGGCGGAGCACACCACCCGGGACAAGAACCUCGCUUUCCGCGUGCUGGACUAUCUUUCCCUCCGAGGCACCAACAUCAUGAGCAUGAAGGUCCUGAACAUCUUGUACAAAGCCGCAGUCUAUGAAGCGCGUGGGAAUCAAGAAGAGGCGCUUCGCAAUGGGCGUCACGUGUCCAAGGUGCUUGAAACAUUCGAACUGCCCUUUGAUCCCAAGGAAGCGCGCCUCUUCAUGAUAGCCAGCUUCCAGAAUGGAGACUACGACGGCUUCUGGCGAAUGUGGCGCAAGCUUCCGCUGAACAACAGUCCGCGGACAUUCGGCGACUACACGAUGCUCUUCAAGCUGCAUGCAGAAUUAGGGGAUGAGGUCCGGGCCCAGGAGUGCGUCUCAACCUGGGCUCCAAUGAUGAAGCGCGAGGAACCGCCGAUUCCUCUCCGGGGAGAUCUCCUGCAGAGCCUGAUGGAUUGUCUUGUCCUGGCGGAUCCGGAGAUUGCCCGGACGGCGGAGGAGAGCUCAUCGGGCGACCUGGCGCGGAUUUGGCGGGAGUGCAAGGCGAGUCUGCAUGAGUAG